AUGGCGAGCGAAGUGCUGCAGGCGACAGCGUUCCGCAUAAGUGCCGCUACGACGACCAGUAGCGCGAGCCGACCGAAUAGUCCCGAGUACCAUCGACUGGCCACGAUGGGGCACGACCACAAACCACCAGAGCUGUGGUCAGGAGGUCCGCUGCCGCCGCGUCGAUUUCAGGCGACGUCGAUCAGCGGCCGCGUUGUCAGCAGUCAGAAGGGCGACAGCCUCACGGGCGACAGCGACAGCGACGGCGAACAGGCCGACGUGAUGCACGACAGUUUCCUGCUCCGUGGCCCGAGCGCCGCCGAGCGCGUGCGGUGCCGAUCAGUGGUCGAGAAAAACGACUGCGUCGUGUCGUCCGAAGACGCGUCGUCGUCGUCGUCGCUGCUCAGCGCGGCGCAGAAGGUCGGGUGCUUCAGUUACAUCAAGCGGCGGUACAGCAUUGCGCUGGCGUUUGCCUCGACGGACGUGGCCGACAGCAGCCACCAGAGCCAUUACCAGGAGCCGACGGCCAACCUGUCGCUGCUGGAACACGGCGACGCCAGUGGAUCCAACUGGGAAGCUGCCAAGACCAAGAACGGCGUGCAGCUGUUCAAGUCCAAGCGCUCGCGCUGCGAAGUGCGCGGCGUCACGCAAGUGAACGCGUCGGUGAAGAACGUCAUGUCGAUCUUAGCGGCUGGCGACACGACGGACGCGUUCCUCGAGGCGCAAAAGGUCAUUCUCGGGACCGACCAAGUGCUGGAAGCCAAGAUCUUGGCCUCGUGCGCCGAGCCCACGAGCUCGCGCUACUUCCACUGCGGGCUCAAGUACCAGGCGAUCAAGAACCCGUUUGGCACGACGCCACUCGAUCUCGUGUACCUCGACUACACGGACGUGAGCACGACGGCCGAUGGCAAGUUGAUUGGCUACCGCAUCAUCGAGUCCAUCCGCGUGCCCGAGUUGCGGACGUCGCCCAAGUACGUGCGCGCGUCGAUCCGCUGUGAAGUGUACACGGUGCAAGAGACCGCGACGCCCGGGGUCGUUGAAGUGACGUUUGCCUCGCAUCUCGACCCCAAGAGCAAGUGCUCAGCUCGACGGUCGCAAUGGCUCGAGCAAGCAGCGGCGCGGCUCGCAAACGUGCGCGCGCAUGCCGAGAAGACGAGUAUGGGGAAUCACGUCUUGACGGAUCGCCAGCGGGUCAUCGUGAACCGCAAGCACCGGUCGUUCACGAGCGGCGACAAGGACAAGCAGCAACGGAACUGCAACGUGUGCCAACACGCCUUCUCGUUUCUGCGCAAACGCCACGACUGUCGCGUCUGUGGCGACGUGAGCUGUGGCCGCUGCUGCCGCAAGAUGGCAGUGCUCGUGGACUUGGAGACCACGCGCGUCAAAGUAUGCCUGAGCUGCAUUUUGCACUCGCGGAACAAUCCGGACGAGAUCCGACGGGGCGAACUGGGCCAACAGGUCAGUCGCCGCGACAUUAGCAACACGACGUUUAUUAUCUACGACGAAUGA